CCGGGCAGUUUAGGCAGAGCUUAUGUAUGCACGAUAUGUUUCAAUUCAGCGGCCGCGCUGCAUGCAUAUGAACUUGGAACUCACCGGUUCUUUUCGCGGUGGUCAAUUCGCCAAAAUCUUGUCGCUGAAACUCUGUUGAUGUUUAGUUAAAAAGAACCAAGUUUAGAACGGCAAGUCAGCUGUUUUCAGUACUAGGCAAUUUACACAUUUUCAUGGACUCCGUGGAGAUAGUUUUAUCGGCAUAAGAUCAGAGCUUGCAGGGUGAUUACAACCGGAGAUUUUAUCUCGUUUUCGGGGAACGAUUCAUCACCCCAUCGCGCACGAUGAACUUCGAAAUACCGGAAGGUCUUACUGACUUGUUGCAGGACUUCACCGUUGCUGUGCUUCGGGAAAAGCCUAGUGAUUUGGUCGAGUUCGCUUCGUCUUACUUCGCCAAAUUGCAAGAAAAUAAUAUUAGUUUAGGUGGAAAACGUGGAGUGACUUUCACUGCACCAGAAGAUGCUGAAUCUGAUAUCGACGAUGAACCACCAGAACUUCCCAAGAACAGAUAUGCCAGAAGGAAAUCAGUUUGUGCAGAGAAGUACGAUCCCGAGGCUGAUAAUGACACUGAUACACAAAAGCUGGUCUACCCGAAGUCAGAUGAACAGAGAGCGCGUCUUACCGAAGCUGUGAAAAACAUUCUACUCUUCAGGGCACUAGAUGAGAAACAAAUGCAAGAGGUCAUUGAUGCCAUGUUCGAGAAGAAGACGACGCCAGGUGAUCACGUCAUUGACCAGGGAGACGAUGGUGACAACUUCUACGUCAUAGAUAGAGGAGAAUACGACAUCUUUGUCAAUGAUAACAAGGUGGGAGCCUACAAAGACAGUGGAAGUUUUGGUGAACUAGCACUCAUGUACAACACACCAAGGGCAGCAACAAUCGCUGCUACUACAGACGGAAUUCUCUGGGCUUUGGACCGUGUUUCUUUCAGAAGGAUAGUACUAAAGAAUGCAGCCAAGAAGAGGCGUAUUUAUGAAGAGCUGCUUGAGAAGGUCUCUAUAUUCAAAUCUCUAGAGCCAUAUGAACGUAUGAACCUUGCAGAUGCAUUAGUAACAAGGACAUAUGAGGAUGGAGAUUGCAUUAUUGCUCAGGGAGACGGGGCCGAUGGGUGCUAUUUCAUUGAAGCAGGACAGUGUAGGAUUGCUAUGAAGAGUGAGAGAUCAGAUAAUCCUGAUGAAGAGAAGGAAGUUGCAAUCUACAAUCAAGGCCAGUAUUUUGGAGAGCUGGCAUUGCUGAACAAGCCUCGUGCUGCCUCUGUCUAUGCUGUAGAAGAGUCCGAUUGCCUUCUGGACGUGAAUGCAUUUGAGCGGCUGUUGGGUCCAUGCAUGGACAUCAUGAAGAGGAACAUUGAGCAUUAUGAGCAGGAGACAUCAAGAUUGUUUGGCAAAUAACCCCUUCCCUCAUACCCUUACAUAGUCACCCCCUGACGUAGAGAUUGCCGCAAGUGGCUCAG